AUGACUAGAAUGGCGGCUAACAAGUCAAAGGAAAUAAUAGACGAGUACAGUUCGUCGCUUGCGGACUUAAAAUUUAACAGCAAGCCUCUGAUAAACAUGCUCACGAUGUUAGCAGAUGACAACGUUGAACAUGCACCAGCCAUCGUCCAAGCGAUUGAGAAUCACUUGUUACAGGUUUCAAGUGAAGUCAAACUGCCGGUCCUUUAUCUCAUCGACUCGAUCGUCAAGAAUGUCAGUGGAGCUUAUUUAAAACUCUUCACUGAUAAAAUUGUUAAUAUAUUUUGUAGUGUCUUUGAGAAGGUCGAUGAAAGUACAAGAUUAUGCAUGUGGAAAUUACGACAAACUUGGGGUGAAGUUUUUCCUGCUAAGAAAUUAUUUUCACUCGACAUACAUGUCCGUAAUAUAGACCCAGCGUGGCCAGUACCUAACUCAUCUGUUUCAUCGGGUUCUAUUCAUUUAAACCCACGUUUUUUAGCUGGGACUCCGACUACACCACCGACAACAGUCUCUGCACCUAGCGUGAUACCUUCUGUAAAAAUUCCUCCCGGAGACCACCCAGUAUCUGUCAAUGAAGCUUUGAUGCGGGAGCAAUUACUUAAGAAACAGAAAGAACUUCUUGAGUUACAGAAGCAAAAAGUAGAAUUGGAGUUGAUGCAAGCCAAGUCAAGUCUUGAACAGCAGCAGAAACAAACGGCUCUAGUCAAAGCUGAAUCGUUGACAUCAUCACUCACCCUUAACGAAGUCAAACCGGAAAAAGUUGUAGCUGCAGUGUCUAAUCAAGUGAAUAAACAAGUAGCGAAGCAGUUUCCAGCAGCGAAUGCAUCGUUAUUAAAAAAUGUGGGUGCUAACAACGGACCUCGGAUAGCGCCAGCGAGCAGUCUAAUGGUAGCUUCAGCGCGUCCAGUAUCACGGGAUCCCCGUCUAAAAAUUUCUUCAGGAGCAGAGCUACAAAACUGUGAUAUAGAGUCUCGUCUGCGUCAAGUAGCUGCGUUAUCUUCAUCGUCAUUAACAAACGAUAUGCCGUCUAAAACACAAUUAUCAAAGAAUCAACAUCCCGCGUUAAACACUGUACUUUCAGAUCACGCAAUAAAACAGCAAUUAUUAUUAUCGAAACAAGCAAUGAAUCACAUAAGUGAAUCGAAUCAAAGUGGUGGUGGCCUUAAGUCAUCAUCAUUAACAUCUUCUCUCGCGUCAAACAAUUCUGCAAUUCGUGGUGUUGGUAGUGGUGGAAGUGGAGGAAGCGAGGCCAAAUCUAAAGACGCUAAGAGCUCGUCGUCUUCACGCGGCGGUUCUUCAGCAUCUUCUGCAAAAGAUGAAAAGUCAUUCGCUUCCUCAAAAUCCUCCUCGUCACACAGAAAAUUAAGCAACAGAUCGCGGUCAAAUUCAAAACAAUCCCAAGUAUCACCCACAAAGGCUUCAUCGUCAUUAUCUUCAUCAAUAUCAUCAUCAUCAUCUUCAUCAUCAUCAAAAAUAGUCGAUCGAGAUGCAAGCCCUGUUAGGUCAAAAUCUCGUGAAAAAGAUAACUCUGACAGCUCUCCAACCAUAUCCUCACGUACUUCACCCAAUAAAUCCUCAUCACCUAAUUCCAAGAAUCGUAAGAAGAGUAGUAGUAAAUCGAGAAAACGUACUCCUAGUCCGCCUUAUAAAAUUCCGCGUAGAAAUAUUGAUUCAAAAACAUCUAAUUUAUCUACGAAUUUAACUUCCUCCCUGCAAUCAUCUUGUUUGAUUAGCGGUGGGGUUAAUAGUGCUGCUGCUGGUCUUAUUGAGGAAGAGCAGUCUGGUUCCUUGAUUGUAUCUCCUCCACAUCCGCCUACUUUUAAAGAAAUACGACCAAAUGCCAGACAGAGAAAUUAUAUUAAACGCAACAACAAAGACAUCGGCAGUCAUAGUCCUGAUAAUAAUUCUAGUCAGGAUCUUUUGAGUACUCAGGUUACCCCAGAUCUUUCAAUCGAAUCAGCAGCUAGUAAGGAUGAAGAUCUUCGGGCUGUACUACCACCGCCAGUCACCAUCGUCCCGCCAAUCACUGAAAAAAAAGAAGACUUAGAUCUACGCGUAUUAGCACCACCACCACUACCACUACCAACUAAUAAAAGACAAAGCUCAGAGCACGAUGUCGAUUUAAGGACCUUGACGAAUCCAAAAGCCGGACGACCACCGACUCCACCACCGCCAGUAAUAUCGGGUGAAGAAAAUAAAACAAGCUGGGCUAAAUUAAAAACAACAUUUAAAAAUGACCGUGAUAAAUCAACAAUAAAUGAAGAUAAACGCGAUCGAGAUCGCACUAAAGAUCGUUCGUCUAGAAGUCGACCUUACAAUAAACCAUCUGACGAUCCAAAAGACCGUCGACGUCAAUUUAUCAAUGACGAUGAUUCAAGGUCUAGCCGAAGAAAUCGCGACUUCGACAAAUUAGAUCGUAAUUCCGAGCGUAGCAUUGAAAUAAUCAUGAAACAAGCUGAGGAAGAAUUGAAACAGGGUUCAAUGACUAAAGCCGACUACCACACAUUGAUCCAGAAUGUUUGGCAGAUGAACGAGGUUCAAAAAUUAAGAGUAGCCCAGAAAAAGGACAAAGAGACCGGUGCGAGUAUUUGGGAAAAAGGAAUUGACAUCAGCGGUGGCUUCAGUCCUAAAGACGACAUAGGCCACCGAGGCAAAGAUCAUCCACAUUCAAGAAACGGACCAAGAUGGCAACCUCCAGGUCCUUGGCAACCACCAGGCCCCUGGGCACCUCCACCUGGACCAGCUUUUGGAAAUCCAUUCAACCCGGACUUCCGACCAAUUGGCCCCUGGCAAAAUCCUCGACAAUUUGGACCAAUGCGGCCCGACUUCAAUCAAUUCCACGGCUUCAAUUCUGGAAUGGGUCCACGUAUGGGCCCUGGUCCCGGUUUGAUGGGUCCUAUGGGUCCCAACGGGCCUAUGAUGCCUGGAAUGAUGCCUAAUGGACCCAUGGGACCAAUGGGUGGAAUGUCAAAUCCCGGUAUGGCUAAUAUUAAUGGCCCACCUAGUCUUUUAAUGAAUGGCCCUCAUCCACCUCACAAUAAUUUAAUGACCCACGUUCCUCCACCUACUCGGAACAUCUCUCCCAACUCAAUCUCCAGAUUUGACAAUGAAGAAACCCAAAACUUCAUGGACAAGCUUACUAAAGAACACGGCGGUCCCAGUCGUGAACUACCUCUACCUGAUUCAAAACUUUUAGAAGAAAUAGCCAACGACACAAUGAAAUCAAUUAACAUCGACAAUAUACCUCGUGAAAUUCGCUACUACGGACAAACUGCAGUUGUAUUUAUGAACUGGGAUGACCCAAGAGAAAUUGGUUUCCAAAAUGGCUCGAGAAGAAUUAUGAUUGACGAAAAAGACACUAUUAUUUGCUCUUUCAAUGAAUCUUAUAAGGAGUUUGUCUACGACGGAAAAAUACACAGGAUAAGACUUGGAGCGCCGACGAGAGAGUUGUUCGUCGAUGACAAGUGGUACGAGUGUUACUUCGGUGGUCCACCGGUGCUUGUUGACUUAGGAAAUAAAAAAAUUAAUAUUAAUUUAGAAGGCCCACCUCCUCAAGUUAAAAUUGGAACUGUUAAGCGAACUGAUUUGGUAAUAGGUAAAAUAAAUCUUAUUAUUAACGCUAAAAAUAUGACGCCAGUGUUUGUUGAUGCUAAGCCACAAAUGUUUGAAAUUGACAAUCAACCUCAGACUCUUGAGUUUGCCGAUUCUCUGGAGACUAUUUUACUUAAUGGCAGACCAUUUAAAGUUGAAUUUGGUGGACUGCCUAAGCCAAUAAUUGUUAGGGACAAAAAGCACUUUAUCAGAUUCACUGUCUUGCCUAGAGGAGCUCAUCCUGGGUCUGUUAAAAUAGCUGGCAUGAAAGGAAAGUGUCCGGAAUCUUCAGCUAGUGAUAAUAAUAACAAAUUAAGUGACUCUGCUGUUCCAAUUUUGGGACUGGGUCUUCCUGAACCAGACUCGACUUCUCAAGAUGCGUCGGAUGUUUCUUUGGUGAAACCUGACUUACAGUUGGACAUGCUUUCAUCGGCACUUUCUUCAGCUAUGGCUCCCUCGUCUGGAUUUUCGUAUCAAGCUGAACCUAUGGAGAAACCUCCUGCACCUACGCCAGUUCCUAUUCUGCCGCUUAAUCUUAAUCUUAAUGAACUUUAUCAAAAGUUGGUUGAUACUGGAAUAGUGCCGAGACAAGGUCCCAAGGUUGAGGUCAACAAACCGGAAGAAGAAGUUGUUAAGAAAGAACCUGAGUUACCUCUUCCUAGCUUAGAUAAACCUGAGACACUUAAAAUUGUACGGCCUAUUAAUUCUACUUCGAUGUACGGUGGUAUGCAAUGCAGUUCUUGCGGCGCGAGGUUUGCUCCGGAAUUGGCGACAAGGUACAGUCAUCAUCUUGAUUGGCACUUCCGGCAGAAUAGAAGAGGGAGAGAUUCUAUUAAGAAAGCUCAGUCGAGGGAAAUUAUGUAUGAAAUUAGUGACUGGAAUCAGUUUGAAGAAAUUGAAGAUGUUGAUGAUAGAGCACAAAGUUGGUUUGAAACCGAAAAAUUAACUGCAGAAACAGAAGCAGCCAAUGGUGAAGAUUCUUCACAAGAUGCCAUACAACCAAGUGUACCUGCAAGCAGUGAUGAUGAUUGUCGCUGUCAAGUCUGUCAUGACACUUUUGAACAAUUUUAUAACGAAGAAAAAGAAGAAUGGCAUUUAAGACCAGCUGUUAGCUUUGAAGAUAAAAAUUAUCAUCCUCUGUGUCUGGAAGAUCAUAAGCGUGCUUUAGCAAAGUCAGCGUUGGAAGAAACGAUAAAUGAAGACGAAGAAAAAAAAGAUGACCAUAAUGAAUCAGUUGAGUCUCCGGAAUACAUGGAAACGCCGAUUGGUAAUCUUCCAAGCGAUGAAAAAUUGGAAAGUGAAGAAUUGAAAUUAAAUGAGGAUGAAGAGUCAGAAGACAAUAAUAUUUCUCAAGAAAUAUCUGAAGAUAAUAAUGAUAAAGAUAAUCUUGAUGAAAAAAUGGUUACUGAUAAUACAGAAGAUAGUAUCAAAGAUGAAGAAGAUAAUGUAAAUGAAGAGACUAAUGAUGAAAUUAAAACUUUUGAUCAAUCAGAAGAUCAAGAACUGAGUACACAAUCAGAUGAUCUUUUUGAAGUGCCUGUGGAAACUGAAUUUAAAAUUAAAGAAGAACCUAUGGAGGUCAAUGAUACAGAAACAGAUUCAGAAAUAAAUUGGGACAAUGUGGAAGUCAAAACUGAACCAAUUGAUCCUGAACCUGAACCUGAAGAAAUGAAAGUAGCGGACAUUGCUGCGCAGGUGGACACCACCCUGACGGCAGUGACCAGUUCACUGGACGGUAAUGUUGAACUGGAGUCAACUCCCGCAACACUGCCCACUGCAUCUACGCGAAUAAAGAUAAAUAUUUCUAAGCCACUUGUUGUAAAUAAAGAGCCAGAGGAACCUAAAGAAAAAAUAGUGUUACCUGAAACGCCUAGCGAGGAAGAAUUACCACUAAAACCAGCAUCUAUUAAGUCAACACUAAAAGGUAGGAAACUUUCUAUCCUGCCACCCGUAGAAAGAGGCCAAGAACUCUCGGGACUUUGUUCGAUAAUGUAA